UGACGACGACCACAGUGACAGCCAAGGAUGAUUCGCGUAGCUUUGAAGGGUGUCGACUCGCUCCGACUCUUCAAGUUUGAGCGUAUCUUGAACGAAGACCCCGUUGCUCACAGCCUGACCCUGUUGGGGACCCUUCCAGACGUGAACGACUCAGACAAGACGUUACAAGCGAUUAUCCGAGUCGAGAAGACUGCUCUUCCCGCUCAACAGGCUACCACGCUCGUCACACACUUUGUGAAGGAUGUGCAGCUCAUGGAGAAUACGGAUAUCUAUACAUGGUUCAUGGGAUGGCUUGAAGCAUCUCGCGAACAUCCGGACCUCAAGAUCAACGUCGUAUGUCCUGCGACCGAACUCCAUAUUCGCAAGUAUACAAAGCAAGACCUCGUCAUGGUACGAGAGACUCCUGAGUUAUUCCAGAGGAUUGUGAAACCAUACAUCGAUGCGUUCCCGCCUUCACGGACUCAGUGGGUUGAAGAUAUCCUCUCCGGCGAGUCUGAGGCGGAGAAGAUCUUACAUCGCGCUCCAUCGCCAGACUACGGCUAUGUGAUCCUGCCGGACAUGAAGUGGGACCUCAUCACCAUUCCCGCCCUUUACCUCGUCGCUAUCGCGAACUCGCGCUCAAUACGCUCCCUGCGAGAUCUGCGCAAGAUUCACUUGCCUAUGCUCCGAAGUAUCCGCUUUGAAGCGACUCGGAUAGUUAAGGAGAAAUGGGGCCUUACCGACGGCGCGAUCCGGUUCUUCGUACAUUAUCAGCCUUCCUAUUACCAUUUUCACGUGCAUAUAGUCAAUGCUAAUUACUACGGCACUAUGGGUAGCACGGUCGGGCAGGCUCAUCUGUUGGACGAUAUCAUCUCGCUGCUUGAACUUGACUCGGAUUCGUACGAAGGCCCGUCUAUCUUCGAGAGACUGACCUUAACAUAUGGCCUGGGCAACCAACAUGACCUCUAUGAGCCCAUGAAGCAAGCCCAGACGGACCUCGACGACUAGCAGAUACAAGCAUGGGCACAUACGGAUAAUUACC